CAAUAAUGGCGGCCACCACAAUACUCACUCCGGACCAACGCCUCAGAGGAGGCACGCUAGUAUCAGAGGAAAACAAGAAAGAGCGCAAACAGGGUUGGGAUAGAAAAGAACAGAAAUCACGCAUCUGUCUCGGUAAACAGAUCGGAAGAUGGAUGGCUGUAAAGGUCAGCAUCGGCCUGUCAAAAAACGAAGAUGUUGCAAAAAUGUUGUUGGACAGCUGGUGUUUGAUCAAUAGUUUCUUUGUGGAUGACCUUGAAAACCUUCCUGACAAAGACUGUUCACCAGAUAUGCAGGCAACAAUCAGUGCAUGCUCUCCUCACCUAAACAGUCACAGAAAUACAUGUACUAAGACAACAUCAGCAAUGAUGAAAGAGACAUCCUUGUCACAAAAUAUUGUUAAUGACAGCGGCCAAACAUCAGAUGCUGAUAAUGCUGAUUUGGCUGUGUCUGGUAUAAACGACUCCAGUAUGAAACAUGUAGAGAAGGGUCAGCAAUCACCUGGGGUCUCUGACAGAGCAAUGUUAUCUGAAGUUAAAACCUGUGACGAGGCAACACAAGGAGUAGGUGUUGGCGAGUUAACACCAAGUAUGGGUGAUGUUUCUGAUAUAAAGGAGAUCAAAUGUGAGCCGGAUAUGUACAUAGAGAGGAAGAGAUUUACGGACAGUGUAACAUCACCUAGUACUGAUGAUGGCGAGUCGACUAAAAGCGAGGACAACUCCACAGAUUCUGAGGUAGAUGACAUGUGGUCUGUGAAUGGGUCUAAUGACAAUGAACAAGUCAAAUGUGAUGUUGGGCAGUCGACCAUCGAGAACAGAGAUAUUGUACUGGACCUGAGUUGUAGUGAGGAAGAUGUGGAUGAUGACAAUUUAUCCUCUCACCCUGUCAGAUAUGUCCACCGUAGAAACAGUCCUGUACAGCAAAUCCAUCCUACUCCUUUAAAACAAAGAAAAGCAAGAAAAGCAUCCAACCAAAAGAGUAAGAUGAAAACCGCAGUAUCUACAAGGAAAAGGGCGGCCUCCAGUCCAGAAGGAGGAUACCGUCAGAGUAAGAGAUUACAGAAGAAAGGGCGCCGAUCCUAUGUAGAUGAUAUACAAGAGGCUGAUGAGAGUCAUUCUGUUGAUACAAGCCUUGAGGGUGUCCAGGUGACAGAAAGCCAUUAUAACCUCCACAAAGGAGACUUCAGCAGCGUACAUCCUAAGAAACGACACACCGCCAGGUACUCGGAGGCAGAAAUGAACGAUCACAUAAUCCGUCCACAGACACAAUGUAUCUCCACACAGACCGACAAUAAACGUGGUGAGAGGUCAAAGUCAAAGGUUAAAGACAAGACAGAGAUCAGUAGGGUACCAAAGGAGCAGUAUCACAGUUCUGAUGCAGGCAAAGAACAGGACAUUGACACGUCUUCUGGGAAAGUUCAUUUAGACUCAGAUUAUUUGAAAGAACCAGAACCAGACGAAUCAGAUUAUGAUCCACUUUUAGAUGAAGAUAUGGAAGCAGUAAACCAAGCUGACUCUGAUGAUAAUCUGACCCUAGACGAAGAGGAACCAGUAACAAGAAAAAAGCGAAAGUAUACAAAACGCAAAAAAGGGAAAAAGGAGAUGAUUGAUGGUGAAAGUGAAGGUGUGGAAAAGGGAGAUGAUGAUGGAGAGGAUGACAAGGAGAAAGCACAGCGGGUGGUGAAGAAGUCACGAGCGAAGCGAAAAACACGCAAUAAAGGAGAAAAACUUAACUGCUUGCCAGGUAGCAGACGAUCCGAUAAGUACUUUCCAGAUAUCAAUGUCCAGUUGGAGGAGCAUGAAGAUAAGUAUGAGGUGAUAACCUGGACAAGUCACUGUAAGAAGGAUCGCGGAGUGGAUGUAGAGCAGAAGUCAUUCCAUGGGUACGGCUGUAAGAUGUGUAGUGGUGUGUUUAAAACCACAGACAGGUCAGUGAUGGAGGUCCAUCUGAAGGAACACAUGCAGGGCAAGUUGACGUGUGGCGAGUGUGGGCUGGUAUUCAGCUACUACACCCAGCUGAGGAAGCACCGCCUCAAGUUACAUGUGGAGGCCAAGUACACUUGUGAAGAGUGUGGGGAGCAAUUCCAUUACAUAAAGGUCCUUCACACACACCUCUCAAAGGUUCACAAUAAGAAAGUUUACCAGUGUAAGAAGUGCCAGAUGAACUUCCAGUCAAAUGUUGACCGCAAGGCUCACAGCCUUGAGGUGCACCCUGAAUGCUUUGACAAAUGUACAGUGUGUGGAGAGACUGUGAACAUGACUCUUUGUAAAAAUGCCAUGGAGCGUCACAUGCGUUCUUACUGGUGUCAGCGCACUGCCAGCUCUAUCUGUGAAAUCUGUGGUAAGGAAGUCCAAAGACUGUCCAUCAAAACACAUAUCCGUCGUGUACAUCACAAGACCAAGACACUCCGUUGUGAUAUCUGUGACUUCUCCACUCAUCUAGGUUCAACUUACAAACUCCAUAUGAUGACACAUACAGGAGAACAUCCUGUGAAAUGUUCGUUGUGUGACUUUUCCUGUAUCCGUAGUUACCAGCUGACAUCACACAUGCGGACACAUACAGGCGACAAACCCUACAAGUGUGACAAAUGUAACUAUGCAUCCGCCUGGAACGUCCAGCUCAAGGACCACAAGAAGGCACACUUCAGUGAUGACCAGAUCAACUGUGACACCUGUAACAUCACAUUCAAGGAUCGACGUGGACUCAACAUGCAUAUCUCUAAAGAGCAUGCUAAUACCUCUGUUGCUGACUCUUAUGUGGUGAAGAAAACUCCAACCGACACAAACCAUUAUCCGACCAGCGGAAAUCAAGUGGAUGCAAACUCUUACACAGCGAGGGGUCAUCAAAGUGCUAUAAACGCUUACAGUGGGCAGGGAAAUCCUAGCACAUCAGAUGAUUACAUUGUUCGCGGAAAUCUGGGUGUACAAAACUCUUAUAAUGCUAGAGGAAAUCAUAGUGUAACCGAGGCCUACGUCGCGAGGGGAGGCAACUUAUAUUAAUUCAUAUUUGAUAUGAAAAAAAUAAUUAAUGUUGGAAAAUAUCACUGCCUAUUGUUUAGGGCACGAUACCUAUAGAAUAAUGAAAACUUUGAACUAUUGAAAGUGUUUAUACUAUUGGUCAACUGAAUGACUUUAAAUUUUCUGUGAUUUGGUUUUACUUUCUAUAAGAUAAAGUAUAAUAGGAAGUGUAUAUGAUAUAUGAGAUAUUUUUGGCUAUACCAUAUGGUUAGAUACAGUGUAUUGUUGUUUCACUGGAUGUCUUUGUUAGUGGUGUCUUUAAUUGGCUGUGUAGUUGUUUAACAGAGAUGAAUGGUUUUAUUAGCUCACCUGCCUGAAGGACAAGUGAGCUUAUGCCAUGGUGCGGCGUCCGUCUGU